GACUAUUGGUAUCAUUAACUUGUAGCCUCCUUUGAGAGCUUGAUAGUCAUUCUCACUUCCCCCAGGAUAUUUAACAAUUAUUCCACAAGUAUGCGUUGGAUAUGAGUUGGCUAUAGUCAGCUCUUAUCCAACAAGCGUGAUUGGAAUAAUAAUUGUUCCAGAACAUAGAAAACUAAAAUACAAAAUAGCAAUUAAAAAGUUCUAAAAAUUACGCGUAGGCAUACCAUAUAAAGCCUGACUGGAAGGAAGGCAAAGGAAGUGGUGAACCUGCAAUCCUUAUAAGUCACCUGUCUUACCCAUGAGAGGGAGGGAAGCAGGAGUGGAGGCUGAGCUGAUGCUCAUGAGAUUGAAUUUUUGGGCAGAGAGAAUAAUGUCGUCUGAAGAUGAAGUAAAUACUAAUGGGAUGCAAAACUUGGUAGUCAGUGAGCCUGCAACCAAGGCAAAAAGAACUGGAAUUGUCUUUGAUGAAAGGAUGAAAAAACAUUUCAAUGUUUGGGACAUAACUCACCCUGAAGUUCCAGAUAGAAUUCAGCGGCCCUAUGACAAGCAUAAGGAGUAUGGUCUGCUGAAAAGAUGCCAGGAACUCCCUUCUCGGUUUGCUACAGAUGAUGAGAUUCUCUGUCAACACAGCCAACCACAUCUCACAGAUAUGAAGGCAACUCAAACAAUGUCAAAUGAAAAAUUACUUGCAAAAGGAAAAGCAGUGACAUUUGAGCAAGAUAUGUACUAUAGUCAGCAUGCAUAUGAAUGUGCUUGUCUUGCUUGCGGUUGUACUCUUUCUGCAGUGGAGGCUGUUGUAACAGAUAAGAUCCAUAAUGCUGUGGCUAUUGUAAGGCCACCUGGACAUCACGCUGACACUGAGUUUGCCAUGGGUUACUGUUUUUUCAACAAUGUGGCUGUUGCUGCAAAAAUGGCCCAAAAGAGAUGGAAUGUUCAGAGGGUGCUAAUUGUGGACUGGGACAUUCACCAUGGCAAUGGAACUCAACAUCUCUUUGAAUCAGAUCCAAGUGUUUUGUACUUCUCCGUACAUCGAUAUGACCACGCCCAGUUUUUUCCGUUUUCCACGUGUGCUAAUUAUGAUGUAGUUGGCUCAGGACCAGGGAAGGGAUUUACAGUAAAUGUACCUUGGAACAAGAAACAUAUGGGAGAUGCUGAUUACUUGGCUGUCUUCCAUCACACUUUACUUCCUAUUGCCUACGAGGUAAAAAUAUAUGUAUGUGUUUGAGAAGAAUUCUUAAUGAUUGUAUGCUAAUAGGCAAAUCUUUGCAGAGUGUUAGCCUGCUAUAGUAAGUGGUCAAUGAAAGCAAUUAAAACAGUGGUAACCCACAUGUUUACCCAAUGUGUAUCUUAAGAGUUGAUCAGCAGUGCAAAGUUAUACAUGAUUUCUUACCUGGUCACUCUUAAAUGUUUUCCUGCUCUUAGGACUGGUGACAUGUUUUCCCUCUGUUGACACUGGUUACAUCUCACUCCAGUGUUGGCACCAGUUACAGUCAAACUUCCAGUAACGGCCACCUCCUACAACAGCCACCUCUCUACAAUGGCCA